UGUUUGAGUUGUACACGGCGUUACUCUUGUGUUCGGUGUUAUCAUUAGCGGCACGUCCAUUAUGGUAUCAGAGACAAAGGGGCAGCCCGGGCAAAGCAGGAACUUGCCAUGGGUGGAAAAAUAUCGACCCCAGACACUGGAUGAUCUGAUUUCCCACCAAGACAUCUUAAGCACAAUUCAUAAGUUUAUCAGUGAAGACAAGCUGCCUCAUCUUUUACUGUAUGGACCCCCUGGGACUGGGAAAACCUCCACAAUUCUAGCCUGUGCAAAACAGCUGUACAAAGACAGAGAGUUCAAUUCCAUGGUUUUAGAGUUGAAUGCUUCAGAUGACAGGGGGAUAGAUAUUGUCAGAGGACCUAUAUUAAGUUUUGCCAGCACAAGAACCAUUUUCAAAAAAGGCUUCAAGCUUGUGAUCUUAGAUGAAGCAGAUGCAAUGACUCAGGAUGCUCAGAACGCUUUGAGACGAGUGAUUGAAAAGUUCACAGAAAAUACACGUUUCUGCCUCAUCUGCAACUACCUGUCGAAAAUAAUCCCGGCUCUGCAGUCAAGAUGUACAAGGUUCCGCUUUGGCCCACUGAGUUCAGAAAUGAUGGUUCCCAGGCUGGAACAUGUAGUGGAACAGGAAAGUGUGGACAUUAGCCCAGAUGGCAUGAAGGCCUUGGUGACGCUGUCCAAUGGAGACAUGCGUAGAGCACUCAAUAUACUACAGAGUACAAACAUGGCUUAUGGAACUGUGACCGAGGAUACCGUGUACACUUGUACUGGACACCCACUGAGGUCUGAUAUAGCCAAUAUUCUUGACUGGAUGUUCAAUAAGGACUUCAGUACUGCCUAUAAGAACAUAAUGGAACUGAAAACCUUGAAGGGGCUAGCACUCCAUGAUAUUCUGACAGAAGUUCAUCUUUACGUACAUAGAGUGGACUUUCCAUCCUCCAUUCGAAUGCACUUGUUAGUUAAGAUGGCUGAUAUAGAAUACAGAUUGGCUUUGGGAACUAGCGAGAAGAUUCAGCUUAGCUCCCUGAUAGCUGCUUUCCAAGUCACUCGAGACAUGAUUGUUGCUGAAGCAUAAACAUUACUAUGCAGCUUUCAGAAAAGUAUAUAUACUUUAUAUACUACAAAGAAAAAAAAUAGUGCAAGCAAAAGGAGUUACAAUUGAAGGGUGCUUACUCCAAAUCACAAUUAUGGACAGCUGGAUUUGUGUUUUUUUUGUUGUUGUAAAUAAAUACAUACAGAAGUUGACUUUAAUAAGCAAGGUCUUUAAAUA